UUUCUAAUUUUAAUUUGGCUAGUCUCUAAAAAUACCUCUUUCUCAGCUGUUUAAAAAUAGACCACAACUAUCAGUCGCGAACAAAAUUUUGUUGCUGUGUGGAUAUAAAAUUAAUGUAAAAAAUUUGGAAAAAAAAAAAAUAAACCCCCAUCAUGGCAGAAGCCGAAGGGGGCUCCGAACAGGAUGAUGUUUCGUUCUUACGAACGGAAGACAUGGUUUGUCUUUCGUGUACUGCGACAGGAGAAAGGGUCUGUUUAGCUGCUGAAGGGUUUGGUAACAGACAUUGCUUCUUGGAAAAUAUAGCUGACAAAAAUAUUCCACCAGAUCUCUCUCAAUGUGUCUUUGUAAUUGAACAAGCUCUGUCUGUACGUGCUUUACAAGAAUUGGUUACAGCUGCAGGCAAUGAAACAGGACAAGAAAAUUUAGGAAAAGGAACUGGAUCCGGCCACAGGACUCUGCUAUAUGGCAAUGCUAUUCUAUUACGACAUCAAAACAGUGAUAUGUACUUAGCUUGUCUUUCUACAAGCUCCAGUAAUGACAAAUUGGCCUUUGAUGUCGGUCUACAGGAUCAUAGCCAAGGAGAGGCCUGUUGGUGGACGGUUCAUCCUGCCAGCAAACAGAGAUCUGAGGGUGAGAAAGUAAGAGUCGGUGAUGACCUCAUUUUGGUCUCAGUUGCAACUGAAAGAUAUUUGCAUACUACGAAAGAAAACGAAAUCUCCAUUGUUAACGCUAGUUUCCACGUAACGCAUUGGUCUGUCCAGCCGUACGGAACCGGUAUAUCCAGAAUGAAGUAUGUUGGUUAUGUAUUUGGAGGUGAUGUUCUUAGGUUCUUCCACGGAGGUGACGAAUGUCUUACUAUACCGUCUACUUGGGACGUGGAACCACAACAUAAUAUUGUUAUUUAUGAAGGUGGUAGUGUGAUGUCCCAGGCCAGGUCUUUAUGGAGAUUGGAAUUAGCAAGGACGAAGUGGGCCGGUGGUUUUAUAAACUGGUACCAUCCGAUGAGAAUAAGACACAUCACGACAGGUCGCUAUUUGGCUGUUAACGAAAACAACGAGCUGUAUCUAGUUAGCAGAGACGAAGCUAAUACUGCGACCACGGCGUUCUGCCUACGACAAGAGAAAGAUGACCAGAAGGUUGUGCUAGAAGAUAAAGAUUUGGAAAUUAUCGGGUCACCGAUUAUAAAGUAUGGUGAUUCAACUGUAAUUGUGCAACACUCUGAAACCGGCCUAUGGCUUUCCUACAAGGCAUAUGAAACAAAGAAAAAAGGAGUUGGUAAAGUCGAAGAAAAACAAGCCGUACUACACGAAGAAGGCAAAAUGGACGACGGUUUAGACUUCAGUAGGUCACAAGAAGAAGAAUCCAGAACUGCUAGAGUUAUCCGUAAAUGCAGUUCACUUUUCACACAAUUUAUAAAUGGUUUAGAACAACUCCAAAGCAAUCGCAGACACUCUUUGUUCUUCCUUCACGUUAAUUUGAACGAAAUGGUUAUGUGCUUAGAGGAUUUGAUCAAUUAUUUUGCCCAGCCGGAAGAUGACAUGGAACACGAAGAAAAACAGAACAAACUCAGAGCCUUGAGAAAUCGACAGGAUUUGUUCCAGGAAGAAGGGAUUUUAAAUUUGAUUUUGGAAGCUAUCGAUAAAAUUAAUGUCAUUACUUCUCAGGGCUUCCUGGCGCAACUAGCUGGUGAUCAGAGUUGGGAGAUGAUCGGAGUGUACUUAUAUCAAUUGUUAGCUGCAAUUAUUAAGGGAAACCACACCAACUGUGCACAAUUCGCCAAUUCCAACCGUCUGAACUGGCUGUUUUCUAGAUUGGGAUCUCAAGCGUCCGGUGAAGGUACUGGAAUGUUGGACGUACUUCACUGUGUCUUGAUUGAUUCUCCUGAAGCUUUGAAUAUGAUGAGGGAUGAACAUAUCAAAGUUAUUAUCUCUCUUCUUGAGAAGCACGGAAGAGACCCGAAAGUUCUGGACGUCCUCUGCUCUCUGUGCGUUGGUAACGGAGUUGCGGUGAGGAGUUCACAAAACAAUAUCUGUGAUUAUUUGUUGCCUGGAAAAAAUUUACUACUUCAAACACAACUAGUUGACCACGUAGCAAGCGUUCGACCAAAUAUCUUCGUAGGUAGAGUAGAAGGUAGCGCAAUAUAUCAAAAAUGGUACUUCGAAGUUACCGUUGAUCAUUUAGAACAAACAACACAUAUGACUCCACAUUUAAGAAUAGGAUGGGCCAAUUCUAAAGGGUAUAUACCUUACCCUGGAGGUGGCGAAAAAUGGGGUGGAAACGGUGUAGGAGACGAUUUGUAUUCUUAUGGUUUCGAUGGUGCCUAUUUUUGGACUGGAGGAAGAAGUACCAGAGUUAUGUAUAGCACUUCGGAACCUUUUAUCAGGAAAAGUGAUGUUGUUGGAUGUGCCUUAGAUUUAACAAUCCCCAUGAUCAAUUUUACAUUUAACGGAGUGCCAAUCAAAGGAAACUUUCGCAAUUUUAAUCUAGAUGGCAUGUUCUUCCCAGUAAUCAGUUGUUCUUCCAAACUCAGUUGCCGCUUUUUACUCGGAGGAGACCACGGUAAACUAAAAUACUACCCUCCGGAAGAUUUUUCCCCUCUGGUAGAGAGCCUGUUACCCCAGCAGGUCCUGUUGCUUGAGCCGUGCUUCUACUUCGGCAACAUGACAAAGAACGUCAUCGCGGGACCACUGUACGUUGAAGACGACACAGCUUUCGUGCCGAAACCCGUCGAUACUUCCAUGGUGAGCCUACCGCCUUACAUCGAGUCCAUCAGGGAUAAAUUGGCGGAGAAUAUCCACGAAAUGUGGGCUAUGAACAAAAUCGAGGCCGGAUGUCAGUGGGGGGAUUACAGAGACGAUAUGAGGUUGAUCCACCCGUGUUUAGUGUCUUUCGACAAACUGCCGGCCGCUGAACGGAAAUAUGAUACACAGUUGGCCGUUCAAACUUUAAAAACCAUCAUCGCUUUGGGUUACUACAUCACAAUGGACAAACCACCAUCGAGAAUAAAGACCAUUCGACUCCCCAACGAGCCUUUUCUCCAAGCUAACGGAUACAAACCAGCUCCUUUAGAUCUCAGUGCCAUAACUUUGACGGCAAAGUUGGAGGAGUUGGUCGACCAAUUGGCUGAAAAUACACAUAAUCUUUGGGCGAAAGAACGAAUUCAGAACGGCUGGACGUAUGGACUGAAUGAGGACCCCGAUAUGUUCAGAAGUCCUCAUCUGGUUCCCUAUGGAAAAGUGGACGAUGCCAUAAAGAAAGCCAAUAGAGAUACAGCCUCGGAAACAGUAAGAACCCUUUUGGUGUAUGGUUACAACCUAGAUCCACCGACAGGAGAGCAACAGGAAACUUUGUUAGCCGAUUUGAGUAGGACGAGACAUGUGGAAUUCAGAACUUACAGGGCUGAGAAAAACUACGCCGUUGGUUCAGGAAAAUGGUACUUCGAGUUUGAGAUCUUGACAGCUGGACCAAUGAGAGUUGGUUGGGCAAAAGCAGAUUGUGCUCCAGGAUGUAUGCUUGGCUCAGACGAAAAUACAUGGGCGUUUGAUGGAUAUAAUGAAGAGAAAGUGUACAGCAACGCAGCUGAAUCUUUCGGAAAGCAGUGGCAAGUCGGAGACGUGGUUGGGGUUUUCCUCGACUUGAUAGAUCACACUAUAAGUUUUUCUUUAAAUGGUGAGCUUCUUAUGGACGCCCUUGGUGGGGAAACUACGUUCGCUGAUGUGCAAGGUGACAAUUUCGUACCGGCCUUCACCUUGGGUGUUGGUCAGAAAGCCAGACUGAUCUUUGGUCAAGAUGUUACCCAGUUAAAGUAUUUUACCAUGUGCGGGUUACAAGAAGGAUAUGAGCCAUUCUGCGUAAACAUGAACCGAGCUGUGACGUAUUGGUACACGAAAGACCAACCGAUUUUCGAAAAUACAGAAGACAUACCCGAUACAAAAAUAGACGUUACAAGAAUUCUAGCAGGAUCUGAAUCUCCUCCAUGUUUAAAAAUUAGUCACAACACCUUUGAAACCAUGGAAAAGGCCAAUUGGGAAUUUUUGAGGUUAAGUUUGCCUGUCAUCUGUCAUCCGCAAUUUAUAACGGAAGAAGAAAAGAUGAGAAGAUGGGAUGAAAUUAAAAUUCGACAGCAUAGGUUGAAAGUAGAGGUCGAUCAACAACAGGGUCCCCCAGCUCACAUAGAAAAUAUCAUGAAGAGUGGGUUCUCUAUGAGCGAUAUCAAAGGUCUUCAAAGAAGCUACAUGGAGGAUGCUGUGGAGUCAGAUGAGAUCAUGAAGCAACCGACUACCACCACUGGCAAAUCCGUAAGGCUGCCGGCUAGACCACCGAGGAAAGGAUCUUUAUCGAGGAAUAUCAAUGGUUACGAUGAUGGUCUCGCUAUUCCUGUUGGAAGAGGUGUUCACAGAUCCAGCAGUGAAUUGAACAUGAACAGAUAUAAUGAAAUGAACGGCACACCGGAGAAAGGUGAUGAUAAAAAGAAGAGAGGUAGAUCACCAUUUAGGUUUUUCUCGAAGAAGAAUCGCGAAGGAACUAGUGGAGAGCGUGACAAGAAGGGCAAAGCCAGAACUCCGGAACCGUCUCCUAGAACAGCCGAUCUCUCUCCGCAAGCCCGAUCUGUUGGCCUAUCAAAUACGGGCCUAGCCACCACGGGCCUAUCCAAUCUACAGAGACGGUCUACGAUGAAGCAGUCUCAGGUAAAAAAUGCUACUGCUACUCAGCCAUUAGGUAGUCAGCUGGAUCUUCAACCACAGUCACCAGCUGAUAGACAACAGAAACAGCUCACAGUGACACAACCGUCUGAUAUUGAAUCUGUUGGAAAUGAAAUAUAUGAUGCCGAAUGUCUCAAGUUGAUCAAUGAAUAUUUCUAUGGUGUUCGAAUAUUUCCUGGACAAGAUCCUGCCCAUACAUAUGUAGGAUGGGUCACAACACAAUAUCAUUUACACAGUAAAGACUUCAACCAAAACCAAGUAUUAAAAUCGUCCGUUAUAGUUUUAGACGAUUUUGAUCGCAUAAUUGAUGGUGUGGACAGACAAGCGUGCUACAUGGUCAGAGCGGACGAAUUAUAUAAUCAAGUCACACAAGAUGCCUCAGGAAAAGGUGCGUCCCAAGGAAUGUUUAUUGGAUGUUUCUUGGAUGCUGCUACAGGUAUAAUCACGUUUACUUGUGACAGUAAACCGACCUCACAUCGAUUCAAGAUGGAACCGGAAACCAAGCUAUUUCCUGCAAUUUUCGUUGAAGCCACCAGCAAAGAAGUGCUGCAGUUUGAGUUGGGCAGGACUACUACAAGUCUUCCGUUAUCUGCAGCUGUUCUGCAAAACAGCGCCAGACAUGUCACCCCACAAUUCCCUCCAAGGUUGAAGGUCCAAUGUUUGAAACCGAAUCAGUGGGCCAGGGUGCCCAAUCAAAGUCUUCAAGUUCACGCUCUAAAACUGUCGGACAUAAGAGGUUGGUCUAUGCUCUGUGAAGAUCCAAUAUCGAUGCUGGCGCUACACAUACCGGAAGAAGACAGAUGCAUAGACAUUCUGGAAUUGAUAGAAAUGGACAAAUUGCUCAGUUUUCACGCUCACACUUUAACGUUAUACGCGGCGUUGUGUUACCAGAGUAACUAUAGAGCUGCGCACGUGCUGUGCAAACAUGUCGAUCAGAAGCAACUGUUGUACGCCAUUAAAUCGGAGUAUAUGAGUGGGCCUCUUCGGCAAGGCUUCUAUGAUUUGCUUAUUGCUGUUCAUUUGGAAUCUACAGCAACUACCAUGGAAGUUUGUAAGAAUGAAUAUGUAAUUCCAAUCGGUCAAGAUCUCAAAGACUUAUACGACGACCCAGAAAUGGGACACAGUUUGAGAAAGUUAAAAGUAGAAUCCGUCCAACCCGUAAUGAAGAUGUCUGAUAUUACAGAGAAUAUUGACAAUAUCAAAAACCUGUACGCUCCGUUCUUCCCAUUGGACGUUGUCAGGGAUUAUGUAAUGCAAGCCCUAGCAGAAUCGGUUGAAGUUAAUCAAGUCCACAACAGAGAUCCUAUUGGAGGAUCCAACGAAAAUUUGUUCUUGCCACUUUUGAAGUUAGUUGACCGACUACUGCUGGUCGGAAUGCUACGUGACGAAGACGUCGAGAAACUUCUCAUAAUGGUUUGUCCAGAAACUUGGGAUCCAUCCUUCGAAAAGGACGGCAAAGACGAACACCGCAAAGGUCUCCUAUCCAUGAAAAUGGCGGAAGGUGCCAAGUUACAAAUGUGUUACUUACUCCACCACUUGGGCGACAUACAACUCAGGCAUAGAGUGGAAUCCAUCAUAGCGUUCAGUCACGAUUUUGUCGGGGAAUUACAGACCGAUCAACUGAGAAGAUAUAUCGAGAUUAAACAGUCAGAUCUGCCAUCAGCUGUGGCGGCGAAAAAGACCAGGGAGUUCAGAUGUCCUCCUAGAGAACAGAUGAACGCCAUUUUGUGUAAGUUCAAGAGAAUAUCAGAAGAAGAAGACAAAGAAAACUGUCCAUUAGGCGAAGAUCUAUGCGAAAAGAUGAACGGUUUCCACGAAAAACUCAUGAUCCACGUUUCCCUCCAAGCUCUUUUAGCUCCGGUAGAAGAAGAAAAUCCCGAAGAAGCUGUUAAGCCUGGACCGUUUAAGAAGUUGUAUAAUUUGAUAAACGCCGUUAAAGAAUUGGAAGAAGAGAACAAAAGCGAGGUUGAAGAACCCGAGAAGAAAACUCCAGAGGAGAUUUUCAGGAAGGUUCUGAUAGAUACUAUUGUAAGAUGGGCCGAAGAGACUCAGAUUGAGACGGCUAGAUUGGUCCAAGAAAUGUUUAGCUUGCUAGUAAGACAAUACGACUCAGUAGGAGAGCUGAUAAGAGCCUUAGAAAAAACCUAUAUCAUUAACUCCAAAACCAAAUCUGACGUAGCUGAGAUGUGGAUAGGUUUAAGUAAGAUCAGAGCCUUGCUUCCGGUUCAAAUGUCUCAAGAGGAAGAGGAGCUGAUGAGAGAACGCUUGUGGAAAUUGGUGAAUAACCAUACAUUCUUCCAACAUCCCGAUCUUAUUCGUGUCCUGCGAAUUCAUGAGAACGUAAUGGCUGUUAUGAUUAAUACCCUUGGCAGAAGAUCUCAGGCUCAAUCAGACGCCAGUGCUCAACAACAAAACACGGAAGGAGAAGUUGCUACCAAGGAAAAAGAUACGUCUCAUGAAAUGGUUGUAGCUUGCUGUCGAUUUUUGUGUUAUUUCUGCAGAACCGGUCGUCAAAAUCAAAAGGCCAUGUUCGAACAUUUUGAUUUCCUUUUGGAGAACAGUAAUAUCCUCUUAGCCAGACCAAGUUUGAGAGGAUCAACUCCUCUAGAUGUGGCUUAUUCUUCCUUAAUGGAAAAUACGGAACUGGCCUUAGCUCUUCGUGAGCACUACUUGGAAAAAAUUGCAGUUUAUUUGUCUAGAUGUGGUCUUCAGUCCAACUCUGAACUAGUAGAAAAGGGAUAUCCUGACUUGGGUUGGGAUCCUGUGGAAGGUGAAAGAUACUUGGACUUCUUGAGAUUCUGCGUGUGGGUGAACGGGGAAAGCGUGGAAGAAAAUGCAAAUCUUGUAAUAAGACUUUUGAUCCGAAGGCCGGAGUGUCUGGGUCUUGCUCUAAGAGGAGAAGGUGAAGGUUUGCUCAGAGCUAUAGUUGAUGCGAAUAAAAUGUCAGAAAGAAUAGCCGAUAGAAGAAAAAUGAUGGAUGAAGCUGAAGGAACUGUGGUUAACGUGGCUCAGUUUACCCAUCCUUUACCAGAGAGUGAUGACGAUGAAGACUACAUUGAUACUGGUGCAGCUAUUCUAAACUUCUAUUGUACUCUCGUUGAUCUUCUUGGACGUUGUGCACCAGAUGCUUCAGUUAUUGCGCUAGGCAAAAACGAGUCUCUCCGAGCAAGAGCUAUCUUAAGAUCCCUUGUACCCCUCGAAGAUUUACAAGGAGUUUUAAGUUUGAAAUUUACACUCCACAAUCCAGCUGCUGGAGAAGAAAGACCUAAAUCAGACAUGCCAUCAGGCUUAACACCCCCUCAUAAGCAAUCGAUCGUGCUAUUUUUGGAAAGAGUCUAUGGUAUAGAGACCCAAGAACUAUUCUACAGGCUUCUUGAAGAAGCAUUCUUGCCAGAUUUGAGAUGUGCGACAAUGCUUGAUAGGAACGAUGGGAGUGAGUCUGAUAUGGCUCUUAGUAUGAACCGAUACAUAGGAAACUCUAUAUUACCUUUGUUAAUACAACAUAGUAAAUUUUACACCGAAGCUGAAAACUACGCGUCUUUGUUGGAUGCAACCUUGCACACUGUUUACAGACUGUCCAAGAAUAGAAUGCUUACCAAGGGUCAAAGAGAAGCAGUUUCUGACUUUUUAGUGGCUCUCACCAGUCAACUACAGCCGGCUAUGUUGCUCAAAUUAUUAAGAAAGCUAACCGUUGAUGUUUCGAAUCUUUCUGAAUAUACCACUGUAGCUCUAAGGCUGUUGACGUUACAUUACGACAGGUGUGCCAAAUACUAUGGUUCUAGCGGGGGAGGCGGACAAGGCAUGUAUGGUUCCUCUAGCGACGAAGAGAAGCGACUCACCAUGAUGCUGUUUUCCAACAUCUUCGAUUCUCUUAGCAAGAUGGAUUAUGAUCCGGAACUGUUCGGAAAAGCCUUGCCUUGUCUGACUGCUAUUGGUUGUGCUCUACCACCAGACUACUCUUUAUCUAAGAACUACGACGAUGAAUGGUACCAUAGCAAAUCAGAUAAGUCUGGUACUGAUGGACCCUACAACCCUCAACCGAUCAAUACGUCGUCUAUUAUAUUAAAUAAUGAUUUGAACAACAUCGUUCAGCAGUUCUCUGAGCACUACCACGAUGCUUGGGCUUCAAGAAAGUUAGAAAACGGUUGGCAGUACGGAGAGUCUUAUUCUGGAUGGGAAGGCAACAAAACGCAUCCAAGAUUGAAGCCCUACACGAUGCUAAAUGAUUAUGAAAAGGAGCGCUACAAGGAACCAGUCAGAGAAUCCCUUAAAGCACUUCUGGCCAUCGGUUGGUCGGUGGAGCAACAACAGGUAGACUUACCCUCCAACAACAGAAACUCUGGAGGUAGACAAGGUGGAGAAGGCAGUUCAGCAUUCAAUUACAACCCCCAUCCAGUCGACAUGACGAAUCUCACUUUAUCCAGAGAAAUGCAAAAUAUGGCGGAACGAUUGGCUGAAAACUCGCAUGAUAUCUGGGCCAGGAAGAAAAAGGAGGAGUUGACUACUUGUGGUGGAGGUAUACAUCCACAACUGGUACCUUAUGAUUUACUGACGGAUAAGGAGAAGAAGAAAGAUCGAGAAAGGUCGCAAGAGUUCUUGAAGUAUUUGCAAUAUCAAGGAUUCAAAUUGCACAGGCCAAACCGUGGAGGUCAAACAGAAACAGAACAAUCUACCGCAGGCCCAGCUGUAGAAUCAAGGUUCGCUUACAGCCUCCUCGAAAAGCUCAUUCAGUAUCUAGAUCGAGCCACCGUCAACAUGAAACUCUUGAAGCCUUCACAAACCUUCAGUCGGCGCAAUUCCCACAAGAAAUCAUCACGUGACAUUAAGUUCUUCUCGAAGGUGGUGUUACCCUUAAUGGAAAAAUACUUUUCGACCCACAGGAAUUACUUCAUCACCAUCGCUACGGCUACCAAUAACGUGGGCGCGGCGAGUUUGAAGGAAAAAGAGAUGGUGGCAGCUCUGUUUUGCAAGCUGGCAAAUCUUCUGAGAUCAAAAUUGGCGGCGUUUGGAGCUGAUGUCAGGAUUACCGUGAGAUGUCUGCAGGUUCUGGUGAAAGGUAUCGAUGCCAAGUCGUUGGUUAAGAACUGUCCUGAGUUUAUUCGGACGUCGAUGUUGACUUUCUUCAAUAACACGGCUGAUGAUUUGGGACAUACCAUCAUUAACUUACAAGAUGGAAAAUACAGUCAUCUCCGAGGAACUCAUCUUAAAACUUCUACAUCAUUGUUCUAUGUAAAUGUCGUCGUUCUGCCAGUGCUAACGUCACUCUUCGAUCAUCUCGCAAAUUGCGAGUACGGCAGUGACCUACUACUGGACGAAAUUCAAGUAGCAUCUUAUAAAAUUCUGCAGGCCCUCUAUACUCUCGGUACAGAUCCAACCUUAUCUCACGAGAGGAAAUAUUUAAAGACGGAGAUGGAAAAAUACCGGCCCUCACUGGGAUCCUGUUUGGGAGCUUUCAGUUCCACCUUCCCCGUAGCCUUCUUAGAACCACACUUGAACAAACACAACCAGUUUUCUUUGUUAAACAGAAUUGCGGAUCAUUCCCUGGAAGCUCAAGAUAUUAUGGCGCGUAUGGAAAGCUCGAUGCCAACGCUGGAAACUAUAAUUUCUGAGGUAGAUCAGUUCGUGGACAGCGAAAAGACCUAUUCUGACUGUCCAUAUAUCAUCGACGUCAUAAUGCCGAUGUUAUGUUCAUAUCUACCCUUCUGGUGGAGUCAGGGACCUGAUAAUGUCAGUCCAACUGGAGGAACCCACGUCUCAAUGGUCACAGCCGAACACAUGAACCAGCUUCUCAAAAAUGUUUUGAAACUCAUUAAAAAGAAUAUUGGCAACGAGAAUUCUCCAUGGAUGACAAGAAUCGCAGCCUACACGCAACAGAUAAUCAUCAACAGCAGCGAAGAGCUGCUUAAGGAUCCGUUCCUUCCUCUUGCUGAGAGGGUGAAGAAGAGGACUGAAGCGAUGUUCCACAAGGAAGAGAGCUUGAGAGGUUUUAUCAAGAGCUCUACAGAUGAUACAUCUCAGAUUGAAGCCCAAAUUCAGGAAGACUGGAUUCUUUUAGUUAGAGAUAUUUACUCAUUUUAUCCUCUACUAAUAAAGUACGUCGAUCUCCAAAGAAACCACUGGCUACGACACAAUGUAGCUGAAGCAGAAGAUCUGUACAACCACGUCGCCGAAAUCUUUAAUAUUUGGUCCAAAUCUCAAUACUUCUUAAGGGAAGAACAGAACUUCAUCUCAGCCAACGAAAUCGACAACAUGGUGCUUAUUAUGCCUACUGCGACCAGAAGAACCGUUGUUCCGGAUGGUAGUCAACCAACUGUUGGAAAGAAAAAGAAAAAGCACCGCGACAAGAAGAGAGACAAAGAUAAAGAGAUCCAGGCUUCACUGAUGGUAGCUUGUCUGAAACGUCUUCUUCCUGUGGGGCUGAAUCUCUUUGCAGGCCGUGAGCAAGAACUUGUUCAACAUUGCAAAGAUCGUUUUCUUAAAAAAAUGCCUGAAUACGAAAUAAUCGACUUCGCUAAGAACCAGUUGACUUUACCAGACAAAAUCGACCCUGCAGAUGAGAUGUCCUGGCAACACUUCUUAUACAGCCAACUGGGAAGUAAAAAGAGCGUGUCUAUCAGUCCGGUCGACAAUAACGGAAAGAACCAAGUAGACGAAACCGUUGACAGGAUCGUUGCAAUGAGUAAAGUAUUAUUCGGACUUCAUAUGAUCGAUCACCCGCAACAACAGCAGAAAGGUGUUUACAGAAGCUGUGUUUCGACUCAAAGGAAGCGCGCCGUACUAUCUUGCUUCCGUCAGGCUUCUUUGCACAGUUUGCCAAGACACCGAGCCAUAAACAUAUUCAUAAGAACAUAUCGCGAUUUUUGGCUACAAGACGAAAACGUAGGUCAAGAGGUCAUGAUCGAAGAUUUGACGUUAAGCUUCGAGGACGCCGAACUUAAGAAAAAAGACGCCGCCGUCGAAGACAACAAACCGGAUCCUUUGACUCAGUUGGUGACCACUUUCUGUAGAGGAGCGAUGACCGAACGGUCUGGAGCGCUGCAGGAAGAUCCUUUGUACAUGAGCUUUGCCGAGAUUAUCGCUAAAUCUUGUGGCGAAGAAGAGGAAGAAGGUGAAGAGGAGGAAGGUGGAGAAGGGGAAGAAGGAAAAUCUUCUAUUCAUGAACAAGAAAUGGAAAAACAAAAACUUCUAUUCAACCAAGCCAGGCUGUCGAACCGAGGCGUAGCUGAAAUGGUCCUUUUACACAUAUCAGCCUGCAAAGGUCUUCCUUCGGACAUGGUCAUGAAAACGUUGCAACUAGGUAUUUCGAUUCUGCGCGGUGGUAACUUCGACAUCCAAAUGGGCAUGCUGAACCAUCUAAAAGAGAAAAAGGACGUAGGAUUCUUCACCAGUAUCGCUGGUCUGAUGAACAGCUGUAGCGUCUUGGAUUUGGACGCGUUCGAAAGGAAUACGAAGGCUGAAGGUCUCGGUGUAGGAUCAGAAGGUGCUGCUGGGGAGAAAAAUAUGCAUGAUGCUGAAUUUACUUGUGCACUUUUCAGAUUUAUUCAACUGACUUGUGAAGGGCACAAUUUAGAAUGGCAGAAUUACCUAAGGACUCAAGCUGGUAACACGACAACAGUGAACGUCGUUAUCUGCACAGUCGAUUACCUACUAAGACUACAAGAGUCCAUUAUGGACUUUUAUUGGCACUACUCUAGCAAAGAACUCAUAGAUCCCGCCGGUAAAGCGAAUUUCUUUAAAGCUAUCGGUGUUGCCAGCCAAGUUUUCAACACCCUCACUGAAGUUAUCCAGGGGCCUUGCACCCUUAAUCAGCAAGCUCUAGCACAUUCCAGAUUGUGGGACGCCGUAGGAGGUUUCUUCUUCCUCUUCUCCCACAUGCAAGACAAACUUUCCAAACACUCCAACCAAGUCGAUCUGCUCAAAGAACUUCUCAAUUUGCAAAAAGACAUGAUCACCAUGAUGUUAUCUAUGCUUGAAGGUAACGUGGUGAAUGGUACCAUCGGUAAGCAGAUGGUGGACACUUUGGUGGAAAGUGCCGGUAACGUAGAAUUAAUUCUGAAGUAUUUUGAUAUGUUCUUGAAGUUGAAAGUGCUGACGUCAUCGGCUGGAUUCCAGGAGAUCGAUGUUAAUAGUGACGGGUGGGUUUACCCGAAAGAUUUUAAGGAGAAGAUGGAACAGUCUAAGAACUAUACGUCAGAGGAAAUCGAAUUUUUAUUGGCCUGCUGCGAAACCAACCACGAUGGCAAAAUCGAUUACGUCGAUUUCAUCGAUCGAUUCCACGAACCAGCAAAAGAAAUCGGUUUCAACUUGGCAGUUCUGUUGACGAACUUGGCGGAACAUAUGCCCAACGAGCCGAGAUUGGCCAGAUUCUUAGAAACGGCUGGUUCUGUUCUCAACUAUUUCGAGCCCUUCUUGGGUCGCAUCGAAAUUUUGGGCGGUAGCAAACGUAUCGAACGAGUCUAUUUCGAAAUUAAGGAGUCGAAUAUUGAACAAUGGGAAAAACCACAAAUUAAGGAAUCCAAACGAGCCUUCUUCUACUCCAUAGUCACAGAAGGUGGAGACAAGGAAAAACUAGAAGCCUUCAUCAACUUCUGCGAGGACGCCAUCUUUGAAAUGCAGCAUGCCAGUGGGUUAAUGGCAGUGGAAGACUCCGGAGGUGGAGGCUCAACGAGAUCUACCAGUUACAGUUACAUGCAUCAAGAGGACGACGAGAAAAUGACCAAAAAUCCAAUCCAACGAGGAUACCAGGCAGUUAAAGAAGGAAUCUCAUUUGGUUUAUCUACUUUAAGUCCGUCAAAUAUCAAACAUAAGAUCUCGGAGAUGCAGCAAAUGACGUUUACUGAAUUGUUUAUUGGAUUCUUCAAGAUGAUCUUCUUUGCAUUCUAUUACUCCGGUUUUGGCGUGGCUGUGGUUAUAAGAUAUCUGCUAGGAAUUUUAAUGUCAUUAAUGAAGGGUCCGGCCGUUGAAGAACCCGUCGUUGAACAAGUCGAGGAAGAGAAAUCAGCUCCAUUGCGAGUAUUACCGUCUCUACCUUCCACAGAGGAACAAAAUACGCAGAUGCAAGCGUUCGGCAUGGAUAUAACGAAAGAAGACGACGGACAGUACAAGAUGGCUCCUCACGAAUCACCUCCAGGAAGCCAACCGUCUUCUGGGGAAGGAGAAACCACUCCUGAAGAAGCUGGUGAGCAUCCAGAAACAGAAACGCCUCCCGAACAACAGCCUAUGUCAUUGUCGGAUCUUUUAGGUGGUGAACAGGCCAAACGAGCUCAGCAAGAAAAAGUCGAAGCGCAAGCAGCUCAACAAGCAGCUAUGCAGGCCAUCGAAUCAGAAAACAAGCAAGUCCAUCAAGUUGACACUUCAGCAAUGUCUCAAAUCAACUUCGCUUCGUAUGGGCAUAGGGCGGUUUCGUUCCUGGCUAGGAAUUUCUACAGUCUAAAAUAUGUGGCGUUGGUUUUGGCUUUCUGUAUCAACUUUAUGCUUCUCUUCUAUAAGGUGUCCAGUCUAAAUGAAGACUCCGGCAGUGGUAGCGGUAGUUCAGGCAUUCCAGAUAUAAUCGAAGGAUCCGGCAUCGAAGCCGGCAGCGGUCUAGAUAGCGGAGAAGACGACGACGAUUUACCGGAACUGGUCCACGUUGACGAAGAUUUCUACUAUAUGGCGCAUGUGAUGCGGUUGGCGGCGAUGUUACAUUCGAUAGUUUCUCUAGCUAUGCUGAUAGCGUAUUACCAUUUAAAGGUACCCUUAGCUAUAUUCAAACGAGAGAAGGAAAUAGCCAGGAGAUUGGAAUUCGAAGGAUUAUAUAUCGCUGAACAGCCAGAGGACGAUGAUCUGAAGUCGCAUUGGGAUAAAUUGGUUAUUUCGGCAAAGUCUUUCCCAGUAAACUAUUGGGAUAAAUUCAUAAAGAAGAAAGUUCGUCAGAAAUACAGUGAGACGUACGACUUCGAUUCAAUUAGUAGUCUUUUGGGAAUGGAGAAGACGUCGUUCCACCAACAGGAAUCUGAAGAGAAGAAGAGUCUUCUAUCAUUGAUCAUCAAUAUCGACUGGCGAUACCAAAUAUGGAAAUCCGGAGUGACGAUCACAGACAACUCGUUUCUCUACUCCUUAUGGUACUUCACCUUCUCCAUCCUUGGAAAUUUCAACAACUUCUUCUUCGCCGCCCAUUUGCUUGACGUUGCCGUCGGUUUCAAGACUUUGCGUACCAUCUUGCAGUCGGUAACGCACAACGGCAAACAAUUGGUGUUGACGGUGAUGUUGCUGACUAUUAUCGUGUACAUCUACACAGUCAUAGCGUUUAAUUUCUUCAGGAAGUUCUAUGUGCAAGAAGAAGAUGAAGAAAUUGAUAAAAAAUGUCACGAUAUGUUAUCGUGUUUCGUCUUCCAUCUCUACAAAGGUGUCAGAGCUGGUGGUGGUAUUGGUGACGAAAUCGAGCCUCCAGAUGGCGAUGACUACGAAGUGUACCGUAUCAUGUUUGACAUUACGUUUUUCUUCUUCGUUAUUGUCAUUCUGUUGGCCAUCAUUCAGGGUUUGAUCAUUGAUGCUUUUGGUGAGCUUCGUGAUCAACUGGAAAGCGUGAAAGAAGACAUGGAAUCGAACUGCUUCAUCUGUGGCAUAGGAAAGGAUUACUUUGAUAAGGUGCCGCACGGGUUCGACACGCACGUACAACAAGAACACAAUCUAGCAAAUUACAUGUUCUUCCUUAUGCACUUAAUCAACAAACCGGAUACAGAACACACCGGUCAAGAGACAUACGUCUGGAACAUGUACCAACAGAGAUGCUGGGACUUCUUCCCAGUGGGUGACUGCUUCCGCAAACAGUAUGAAGAUGAGUUGGGAGGCGGAGGUGGUUAGCUUCCUAAGUACGAACUUUAAAAAUUUAGCUCAAUUUUCGUCCAAAUCUUUUUCUUACAACUUUGAAAAUCCACACAGCAAAAACUUCAGUUUUGCAUUGUAUAUAAAAGUACUGAUUACAUAAAAUAUUUGCUUUAUGUUCUCUGAAAGAGAAAAAUAAUGGUACGAGUUUGUUAAAUAUUUCGAAAAUCUAUGCCUUACGUGAUUGAGAGUUAAGGAUUUUUAACGUAUGGAAUUUUAAAUGUAAUUAAAUAAUUAAACUAUUUUCCUGUUA